UCAUGACGUCACGCGGAAGUAAUUCAACCAAGAUGGCAGCGUCCUUGAUAGGCAUGUUUUGAUUACAGUUGAGUGUCAAACACGCUGAACAGAUGCAAAUUUACGGGCUGCAGGACUUUCAGGAGAAGAUUUUGAGAGCGGAGCAUGGAGAGACGAGAGUUCGUCGCGUCCCUGGUGGCAGGAGGCUGCGCGGGGAUGUGUGUCGAUCUGACCCUCUUCCCCCUGGACACCAUUAAGACAAGACUGCAGAGUCAGCAGGGCUUCUACAAGGCAGGGGGCUUUAGGGGCAUCUACGCUGGAGUCCCAUCUGCUGCUGUCGGCUCCUUCCCUAAUGCCGCUGCUUUCUUCGUCACCUACGACUUCACAAAGUCCCUGCUUGGCGCUGGCAGAGUACUAGCAGCACCACACGUGGCACCUGUCACUCACAUGCUGGCCGCCUCGCUGGGAGAAAUAGUGGCUUGUCUGAUCCGGGUGCCCACAGAGGUGGUCAAGCAGAGGACUCAGGCUUCUCCCUCAUCCACUACCUACCACAUGCUGGUGUCUACACUCAGAGAAGAGGGUGUCCGAGGCUUGUACAGAGGAUACGGGAGUACCGUUCUCAGAGAGAUCCCAUUUUCGCUGGUGCAGUUUCCACUUUGGGAGUAUUUAAAGACUCUGUGGUCAUGGAGGCAAGGUCACACGCUCUACUCUUGGCAAGCUGCAGUGUGCGGAGCUUUUGCAGGUGCAGUAGCGGCAUUUGUUACCACUCCUCUUGACGUGGCAAAGACCAGGAUCAUGCUCGCAAAGGCCGGGUCGACCACUGCGAGCGGCAACAUCCCACUGGUGCUCUACGACGUGUGGAAGAGCAGAGGCAUUACAGGUCUGUUUGCGGGCAGCGUACCGAGGGUGACUUUCAUCAGUGUGGGCGGUUUCAUCUUUCUGGGAGCCUACGAGAAGAUCCGCCGCACGUUGCUAUAGCAGCACGUCCUCAGUGACUGUCCUGAGCCCUGACCUGUUGGAGGAGCAGCGGGAGGGGGAGAAGGAGCACCCUCGUUCCCCCGGUGGCCCUCCAUGCACCUCCACACUGCUGGCCCCCUCCUCAAGAAGCAAGGUCCACCUGGUGCUUCGAGGAAGAGUCAUCCGCGGGGCUGAUCGCAUUACCCAGGGUGCUGCAUUCCUGCUCAUCAGUGCCCUGCGGUAGUUGAGUUGAGCAGCCUGAGCUCACACUGUAACAGCACCAGCGGUUUGAUGAAAUUAAGCCUCACACAGGACUAGCAAUGCAGCAUCUUUACUGUUUAAUGUGUGUGUGACAGACUUAUGGUAUUAAAGACCGUUUCUUUUUA